CCCGUGCCCUGGUUGGACUAAGACAGCGCGGAAGCGGGGAGUUAAAGAGUCUAUGCCUGUCGUGGGAGCUGACCUGGCCCCUCGGGAGCGCCCUGGAGUCGCCUACUGGGGGGGCUUCCUUUUUAUACACACCACUAGUUUUCUCUCUGUGCUAUGGGAGAUGUCAAAGAAUCAAGAACGCAAAUACCACCGGAAACUCCAGGAAGGAUCCCGGUUUUGAAUCCUUUCGAAAGCCCUGGUGAUUAUUCUAAUCUCCAUGAACAAACUCUCUCCAGUCCUUCUGUUUUUAAAUCAACAAAAUUACCAACUCCAGGGAAAUUUAGAUGGUCUAUUGAUCAACUAGCUGUAAUAAAUCCUGUAGAAAUAGACCCAGAAGACAUUCAUCGUCAAGCUUUAUACUUAAGUCAUUCUCGAAUAGAUAAAGAUGUGGAAGACAAAAGACAAAAAGCCAUUGAAGAGUUUUUCACAAAAGAUGUCAUUGUACCCUCUCCUUGGACUGAUCAUGAAGGGAAACAGCUUUCAGAGUAUCAUUCCAGUAAAUGUAUUAAUAUAACUAGUGAAUCUCCAAUUGGAAGAAAACUGACCAUCCAUUCUGAGAAAAGCAAUGCUGCUUGUCAGACAUUGCUAUCUCUUCCUGUGGAUUUUAAUUUAGAAAAUGUAUUAGGUGACUAUUUUAGAGCUGAUGAAUUUUCAGAUCAAUCUCCUGGAAACCUCAGUUCUUCAUCCCUCAGAAGAAAGCUGUUUUUAGAUGGCAAUGGAAGUAUUUCUGACUCCUUACCUCCAGCUUCUCCUAGAAGUCCUCGCAGUGGUGCUCAAGCCUCAGUUGAGGUUUUUUAUUCGAUAGAUUUAUCUCCUGUACGGUGUAGGAGCCCUGUGCAGACACCAAGUUCGGGGCAGUUUUCUUCCAGCCCUAUUCAGGGCAGUGCAAAAAAAUACAGCUUGGGAAGUAGAACCAGCCCUUCACCUCUUUCUUCACCCACUUUCUCACCAAUUGCAUUUCAGAUAGGAAAGACUCCACUCUCGGAACAAAGGAAGUUUACUUUUCAUUCUCCUGAUAAUUCGGCUGGAACAACAAAUUCUAAUGGAAUUACUAAUCCAUGUAUCAGAAGUCCUUAUAUAGAUGGCUGCUCACCAAUUAAGAAUUGGUCUCCUAUGAGACUCGAGAUGUGUACAGGCGGUACUCAGUAUCGGACCUCCCUGAUUCGGAUACCUUUCGCUCUUGAGGCUCACGGGGAAGAUGAAGAAGAUCCGGUGAAUCUUCCUUCCACAGAUUCCUUGUCACCAGCCAUGGACACGGGUGGAGUACACCUGCGGCAGGUGACCAGUGACACUUCUGCACGUGGCACACGUUUGGUAGUGACUGCCAUGUCUAUUACACAGAAUCAGUCCAGUACUUCUGAGAAAGAAUUAGCCCUGUUGCAGGAUGUUGAAAGUGAGAAGGAGAACAACACUGUGGAUAUGGUUGAUCCUACAGAAAUAGGAGAUGAGAACACUUGGAUUAAGGAGCCGGUUGAUAAUGGGAGUUUGCCCAUGACUGAUUUUGUGAGUGGGAUUGCCUUCAGUAUUGAAAACUCUCAUAUAUGCAUGUCACCUCUUGCAGAAAGCAGUGUCAUUCCUUGUGAAAACAGUAACAUUCAGAUGGAUAGUGGCUAUAACACACAGAAUUGUGGAAGCAAUAUUAUGGAUACUGUUGGAGCAGAUAGUGAUGCACAAACCUUGGAACUUGAGAAUAAAUCUCAAGUUUUUAAUACAAAGGAAGACCGUGUAACACAGAGGUGUUGAAUGAAAGCAGCAACUCCUCCUCAAGGCAGCAGUCUAUAGAAUACCUCUCAGAACCAAAGACCAGUGGCUCCUCACAUGAUUUUUUAUGCACAGGAUCAAUAAUGUGAUCGUGAUUGGGAAAAAGUUGCUUCAACUAACAUGCUUAGCUUUUUUUCUUUCCUCCCUUAAUGUGAAAAAUCAAGGGCUUAAUUUAGUGACAUGGCAACAACAGAAAAGCUCCUAGAACUUUCAACUCAUCGAAGUACAACUGUAUUUUUUAUUAAUAAAUAUUUUUGUACUUACCUGGAUUGAUGUGUUUAACAAUAACAGGUUUGAGAACAAGGACUUUGCUCUGUCCCACAGGGUCAGUGAACUGCCUGUUAGUAAACCUUAUCAACAGCACUGAAUUUAGCAGUAGUUUUAAGAAUAUGUGGAAUUGUGAGGGUACUAUUUUAUUUUACAUAAAAACGUGACUAUACAGAUGAAUUUACAUUUAUAACCUUUGUGAAAGAAAUCUUAGAUAUAAAACAUUAAAGAGGUAGGAAGGAGAUUAAGCAGGUUUCCAGAAUUUUUCAUUGAUUCGUUCAUUUCUGUGUACAAAUUCUUAGUUCCGAUGGUAACUGUUCUAAUUACUACUUUAAAAAAUGUAAAUACUAGAAAAGUAGUACUAACAGCAUCUUAAUAUCACAUAUUAUUAGUGGGGUAAGUAUGGGAUGCCCAGGAUAUAUCUCCACCCCUAGGGUAGGGACACCCUUUUCCAGCUCAAAUUUGGCUGGGGAGAGGAAUAAGAACCUGGGAGAACUAAGAAAAACAGUGGGGACCAGGCGACGGAGUGUCUGUAGGGCUAAAUUUAGGCCUUUUAUGAAGUUAUGGUUGGGCAGACACAAAACUAGUUUUUUAAAAUGUUUAUGUUCAUGUUGGGAGUAGAAGUGAUAUAUACAUUUUUUAGAAAUAUUCUUUACCUCUGGAGAAUACAUAUUCAUAUUUACAAACCACCUUUUAAAAAUCUCCUUCAAAAGAGAGGAAUAAUUCAUAUGCAGCCCUAGGAAAUAAUAAUGUACUAUCAUUGUGUCAUUUUCUUCCUUUUUUGCACCCUAUAACUUUACUGCUAAUCUGUAAAGACCUUUUCUUCCUGUGUACCUGACUCAUCGUCUCCCCCAGCACACUAACCAUUAAAGCUGUUAGUCACUAGGUCCACUGCUAAAGACACUCCAUUACGAAGUUGAGUCCCUAAUCACACAGGCUUUAGGAUCAAUAUAAACUUAAGUAACUGCUGUGCUAUAAGAGGAAUUCUAGUUCCUAAAGGUAAGAGCGUCCCUGGCUAUGUCUUUUUGAUAGCACAAGUCAAGAAACAAGAAAGUAGUGAUUAUAGUUUGGAUUUAAAUCCAUCCUGUCACUUACUACUUGAUCUGGGCCAUAAAACCUUAAUCUUCUCAUCUAGUAAAUGGGUGGGGGUGGAGAGAGUCUUACCCAACAGGGUUUUUUGAGUGUAGUAUUCCAUGUACGCUGCUUAGCAUAAAAACUGGCUUUAGAAGCAUUUUAGAUUACUGAGACUGAGGCUUUGGGUAAAAAUAAGGAUUCUGGUCAUCUUGACCUACCCAAUAAGGACUAAUGCCUGAAUUAGACCUUCCUCAUAAAUGAGACCCAAGAAAACAAACAUGGAAAGAUAGAAGGUUAGCCACUGCCUUGUUUAACCAAGAAACCUCCCUUUCCUUCUGUUGCAAGUAAACUCUGGGCUGUCAGCAAAGGAUUUUUAAAUGGUGGGGAGGUGGAAAUCAAACGGGUUUUGUGACACAUCAAAGUUCUCAAAUUUGAAUUUUCGUUGGAAUGGAGCCAUGCUUGCUUCCAUCCUGUCUGUGGCUGCUUUCACGCUGUACAAGGAGAGUUGAGUACUACGGUUGUAACCGAGACUGCUGAGUCUAACACGGCUGGUCCUUCACAGAAAAGGCUUGCUGACGCUUGCUCUGGGGCGUGGUAGGCUGUUACUUGGUCCCAAGAUCACUCAAAGUUAUCUUCGUUCAACUGAAACAAGUUCUGCCUCAAGAUAUGGAUGUUUUCCUCAGUAGUAGGAGACUGGAACAAUCACUUAACCUCUGAGGGCCUAAAUGACUGGACACAUGACCUGUUGAUUUAUUUGCUGGUCCUUUCUCACUGGAUUGCAAGCUCCUUCAAGGCAGAGAUAGUUUACUUGACUCCGUGAUGAGCCUGGUACAUUGCAAGUACUUUAGAAAAUGAAUAAGCAAAGUAAAAUGUUGUAACUAUCUCAAAAUAUUCUUAAAAAACACUUAUUAAUAAUUACUAAUCUUUGUGAUGAACAAGGCAUACCAAAUCAUAAUAUUUACUUCAAUCUGUUCCCCUUAAUAUAUCCUUACACAAUCCCCCCUUUCCUACAAAACCUGAUAGAUACACAGUUUAAAAGCUGUCCAUGACCUACUUUUUAUAAAUAACAUAAUGCAGACGUUUAAAAAAGUGCCAUCUCUAUUUGCUCUUUGAGCCUUAAUGCCUUAUUUUGGAGGAGAUGUGAGCUUAAAGAUCAAGGAUGAUGAUAAUCAUACUUAUUAUCUGGUAUUAAAAACAACUUAUUCUAGUCAGCUCAAAUAUCCUUCUUCUUGCCUUCCUACAACAUUUAAUUCCCGAACACAGCUGUUCAAGGACCACUAAUAAAAAAUGCAGGAAGCUUUUAACAGUUAGGGAACACUUCAUACAAAUUAGGUAAAUUAAAGAUGGCAAAGGACUGAAUAUUCCUUGACAAAUCUUGAUGUCAUUGUCUUGAAAUCUAAAAACUACCAUAUCAAACAUGGACAGCUUUCAAGUUAGGAAGAACACAUUGUUCCUGACUUCUAAAAAUGUUCUGUUUUCCUCCACAGGAAAAUGAUAGUUUUUUUCUAUCAAUAUUAAAUAAUCAAAUUACUUAAUCUGUUCUUUAGUGAGUAGAUGAAUGCUCCACUUAAACGGU